AUGGCGGAUUCAUCACUGCAGGAUCGCCUGCGCGAUCAUGCCAAGGCAUUCGAUGGCUUGCUGAGUCUGAUUCCAGCCAAGAUGUACUAUGGCGAAGACACAAGCGAUCAAUGGAAAAAGGAGAAGCAGACAAAGCAGGAGGCAGCAGCCGCCCGGCGAGCCAAGCUGGAUCCCGAUAGCGCCCUGAACCGCAACGCCAAAGAAGUCAUGGAAGAGCGAGCCAAAAACAAGCGGAAGCUGCGGCAGAUGGAGCAAGAUGAGAAUGAGCCUGAGGAGGAAGACUAUGAGCCCGUCAAUGGUGUCGAGGCUGAGAAGCCCCUCGAGGGUCUGAAGAAGAAGAACCCAGAGACUCCUCAGAAAAAGCCCAAUGCCAACGGUGACGCGGAUGCUGAGAGUGACGGUGAAGGUGAAGGUGAAGCACAAGAUUCCAAGGACACGCCAAAGCUAUCAAAAAAGGAAGCAAAGCUAGCUGCAAAGCGAGAAAAGAAGGCUGAGAAGAAGGCCGAGAAGAAGACAAAGCAGGAGUCAGGCGAAGCAGCAACUCCGGCCAAGGCUCCAGCCAAAACCCCAGUACCCAAGAUUGCUGCCGAGACUGCUAGCACGCCUGCGUCAAAGAAGCAGAAAAACAAGAAGGCGGGAAAGGAUACCGCCACUCCAUCAAAACCUCAGUCGACCCCCUCAAAAUCACAAGAAGCUGAUGUCAACCACAAUGACAAAGCCGAUGAAAUCAUGCAAGAUCAGAGAGAAGAUGACGGCAGCGCUGUAUCUGCACCCGACUCCGAACCCCACUCUCCAACCUUUGACUCAACCGAAACCCCUAACGGCCAGCCUGCAUCAGGAGAGCUCGCCAGCACAACCACAUCCGUCUCCUCAGUUGCCUCAUCAGAAAAGCCCAAGCACAUCAAGAUUCCUGCAGAUACCACCGCUCUAAGAGCCCGUCUUGCUGCCAAGAUUGAGGCUCUCCGUGCCGCCAGAAAAGCCGACGGAACGAAUGGCAAGCCCAUUCGCACGAGACAAGAACUCAUCGAGGCGAGAAGAGCAAAGGAGGCACAGCGCAAAGCACACAAGAAGGAGCUAAGAACGCUGGCGAAGGAGGAGGAGAAGAGGAAACGCGAAGAGGCACUGGCGUCCAACUCGCCCGGUGUUAUGAGCCCCAACAUUAGCCUCGACGAUGCAUCAGGGGGCUUCAGCUUUGGACGUGUGGCAUUUGGAGAUGGCUCGCAAAUGUCUCAUGACCUUGGCUAUUUCCUCAAUAGGGGCAAGAAGAAGGGCCCCUCAGAUCCCAAGACGGCGCUUCUCAAGGUACAGCACGAGAAGAAGCGCAUAGAAGAACUCGGCGAGGAGAAACGCCAGGACAUCGAGGAGAAGGAGACCUGGCUGAAUGCUCGCCGCCGUGCGGAGGGCGAGAAGAUCCACGACGACGAGGCCCUGCUCAAGAAAGCCGUCAAGCGCAAGGAGGUGGCCAAGAAGAAGAGCGAAAAGGCAUGGAAGGAGAGAGCCACUGGCGUCGCCCAGGCCCAGCACGCGAAGCAAAAGAAGCGCGAGGAGAACAUCAAGCAGCGACGCGAGGACAAGCUCCUACGCCGGUCGGGCAAGAAGAAGAAGGGCGGCGCCACGAAGAAGAAGGGUGGACGACCCGGCUUCGAAGGAAGCUUUGGAGUUGGCGGGAAGCGCAAGUAA